AUGUCAAAUAAACAUUUAUUUCAAAAAUUUGGAUUCUUACGUGCACCGUUUGGCAUUGGUGUUGGCCGUUAUGUGUGUCAGUUACAGAGAAUAACUAUAAAAUUUUGUAAAAGUCACGGCGAUAGUUUUGGAAUUAGGAGUUUCUUAGAACAUGAUUUAAUUGAUUAUGCAAAACAAAAUCCUGGAGUUGUAGUGUAUGUUAAACCAAGAAGGCACAGAAGUCCAGUUUUAAAAGCUGAAUAUUGUAAGAAAGAUAUUAUACAAUGGAUGGAAUUAUUGAAGACUCAAUAUCAUGAUGGUCCAGCUCUUAGAUUACUUAAAUUAUGGCAUACAGACUUUCCAUCCAUUCAAGGACCUUGGACACCAUUUACUUUUAAAAAUCCAUCUUUGAAUCAAAUCAAAUUCCCAGAUAAAAAGAUUGGUGAAGCUCUUAAAUUCAAACCAACAGCAACAGAAGAAUUAAUUAGAUUGUUUGAAGAACAGCAAGAAGCUGAGAAGUUCGAUCAAGAAAUUCCAGUUCAAAAAGGUUGUUAGUUAAAUGAUAGUUUCAACCAUUUUUAGUCAUCAAAAAUGUAGGACGUUAAAUCAUCGUUGCCAUAUCUUUUCAAAAUAACAUUUAAGUUGUUUAUUUUUCUGCGAUAUUACAAAAAAAAUCUAUGAAAUAAUCAUAUAAAUCAUUUGAUUAUAAUAAAAUUGUGACUAUUAUAAAAUAAAUAUAUAUAGCUUACAAAUUCACUUGUGUUAUUUAUUGAUAUAUGUAAAUUUUUUGCAUGCAUAUGGUAUUUUAUCUCGCACGAAAUUAAUUUACUUAUUUAAAUUGUCAAAUAUACAUGGUAUCCAGAUAGCAUAAUUACAUUACAAUUAAAUAUAAGUAUUCAUUUGUGCUUUAUAUUGUUUGAUGGAAGUAUAUUAGUGACUAGCAUAUUAUAUGUAUAUACAACAUUUGAUAUGUGAUAGGAAAGUUACAAUGAAGUAUUAAUGCAUAUUGUUGGCCAUAUUUAUGUUACUGUCAAAAUUACAGUGACAGGUACAUACUCUUUUUUAUAUUUAUGUUUAUGUAUAUUUUUCUAUAUUUUUAAUUGCUACACAAAAAUAUAUUUUAACAUUUUUUUGUAUAAAAAAUUGAAUAGCGAUAUCGCACAUAGCACCAUAACUUGUGGAUAAACGAUUCUCUAAACUCAUAUUCAAUUUAAGUGAUUUCUCUACUUUGACUAAUUUUACAUUUUGAGUAAGUUAUAUUGUUAUUAUUACAAUAUUUAAUCUCCAUAAUAACCUAUAAAUAUAAUUCGUUUUUUAAUAUAAUUGAUUACAUUUUUAUUAAUGCAUGCAAGAUUUUUAUAUGAAACAUAUAUAGUACAUUCUACGAAGUAUACAAUUAUCAAUUACUUUAAUUAAUCUUUACUAUUUGAAUUAAAAAAAUAUUAAUACAAGAUAUUAAAAUGAUUAAAAUAUUAACUUUAAUUAAAAUCCAAACAUCAACUAGAACGCGAAUAAAAUUUUCUCAAUAUUUUAUCAACAAUAAAUAAAGAUUAGAACUUUUCUUUGUAAAUAUACAAUAAGCAUGAAUUUUUUUCUAAUCGUAUAAUAAUUUAUGUAGAUUUUUAAAAAUUUUAAUGACAUUAAUUACAAAAAUAUAAAAUAUUUCAAUUACAUUUUUCAGUUGUAAUGAGUGGCAUUUUAAAUCAUUUUCAGGGAAUGGGUAUAGUAGCACAACCCUGA